CUGUGGCUGGUGGUGGACUACCUGGUGUGCACCGCUUCAGUCUUCAACAUCGUCCUCAUCAGCUUCGACCGGUUCAUCUCUGUCACCAGAGCGGUAAGGGCGGGCGAGCAUUACAGGGCUCAGCAAGGGAUGACCAGAAAUGCAGUACUGAAGAUGAUCACUGUAUGGAUUGCUGCUUUUCUUCUCUAUGGUCCAGCCAUUCUCAACUGGGAGUAUGUUGCCCAGAAAAGCAUCCUCCCUGAAGGAGAAUGUCAUGCAGAAUUCUUCUACAACUGGUAUUUCCUAAUGAUUGCCUCUACUAUUGAAUUCUUUACACCCUUCAUCACUGUAAUGUACUUUAACUUAAGUAUUUACCUAAACAUCAGGAAACGCUCAUCGCUCAGAAAUGAAAACCUAUCACCUGGUCAAGAGGACUGUGAAAUCAACCUUCCACCACUUCAGGUGGAAGUCAAAACCAAGCCUCAUAGGAAUUGUUUCUACAAAACUACAGAAAGCAUAUGCAACACCACCAUCAAAGUGGACAUUGCUAACACUAUGGCAAAUAGAUUUAGACUUUCCCGGGAUAAAAGAGUAGCAAAGUCUUUAGCAAUUAUUGUCUGUGUGUUUGGUUUGUGUUGGGCUCCGUAUACACUUUUGAUGAUCAUCAGAGCAGCUUGUCAUGGGCACUGUGUGCAAUAUUCACUCUAUGAGACUUCAUUUUGGCUUCUGUGGGUGAAUUCAGCCAUUAACCCUGUUCUAUACCCACCGUGCCAUAUGAGCUUCAGAAAAGCCUUUAUAAAACUCCUGUGUCCCAGAAAAGCCAAAAUUCAUCCUCAUAUUUUUAUGUGA